UUCUAAAAAGGUGAAAGAAAAAUCUCGCCGCCUUCUCUCUGUCUUCGCGCGCGCGGCAUUGCUGGCGGCGGAGCUCUGACCUCGCCCUACUGUAGUUCCCUCAACCCCCGCCCCCCUCUCUCUCAAAAGUGCCCUAAUCGCCGACGGAGGAGGCCUCGGCGCGCAUCUCCAUUUCUAUCUCUUGCUCGCUCCCCGCCGCCGGUGGACCUCUCAGGGGCAGCGCAGCGAUGGCGUCUUCGGCGGGGACUCCGUCGGACGGCGGAGGGGAUAGGCCGUGGCAGUCUUACCACACCGCCUACACCAACGCCAAAGCGGGAAUGGAGGGAGUUGACAAGGAGAAGGUGCAGAGGGUGAUCUAUGAAAUGAGCAAGGGUUCAAAAUAUUUUGAGAAUGAGCAGAAGAAGGAGGCAAUUACCAAGCUAAAAAUUGAGCAUCUGCGUGCUCAGUGUGCAAAGUUAACUGAUAAUGACAUAUCACAUUUUCAGAAGGUUGCUGAAAAGAAAAUUUUAGAGUUGGAAGCUUCACGAGAUCUUUCAAAGAUAUGGCUUCACACUGACAUGGAUGCCUUCUAUGCUGCUGUUGAGACAUUAGAAAAUCCAUCCCUGAAGGGAAAACCUUUGGCAGUAGGUAGCAUGUCUAUGAUAGCUACUGCCAGUUAUGAGGCGCGUAAAUUUGGAGUCCGUGCAGCAAUGCCUGGUUUUAUUGGAUGUAAACUGUGUCCUGACUUGGUUUUCGUCCGUCCCAAUUUUGAGAGAUACACUCACUAUAGUGGAUUAGCAAGAAAAGUUUUUGAAAGAUAUGAUCCCAACUUCUUCGCAACAAGUCUAGAUGAAGCAUACCUAGAUAUUACAGAAGUCUGCAUUGAGAGAGGCAUUACAGGCGAGGAGGUUGCUUCUGAGCUUAGGGGCGCUGUUCACCAAGAAACUGGUCUAACGUGUAGUGCUGGUGUUGCUCCAAACCGCAUGAUUGCAAAGGUUUGCUCUGAUAUUAACAAGCCUAAUGGGCAAUUUAUUUUGCCAAAUGACCGGGAUGCUGUGACGACAUUUGUGUCAACUUUACCUAUAAGAAAGAUAGGUGGUAUAGGCAAGGUAACAGAACAGAUGUUACAUCAGGUUCUUGGAAUUAGUACAUGCCAGGAGAUGCUACAAAAGGCUGCUUUCUUAUGUGCUCUUUUUUCAGAAGGCUCAACUGAUUUCUUUCUUUCGGUUGGCCUUGGAUUAGGAGGUACAGAAACUCCUGAGCAUAGGCUAAGGAAAAGUAUGAGUUGCGAGCGAACUUUCUCUGCGACAGAUGAUUCUUCUUUGCUAUUCGAGAAGUUAGAUAAUCUCGCUGAAAAUUUAGCUGAUGACAUGCAAAAGGAGUGCUUGAAGGGAAGGACACUAACACUCAAACUAAAAACUGCAGCUUUUGAGGUUAGGACGAGAGCAGCAACUGCACCGAACUAUAUCAGCUCCAAGGAAGACAUUCUGAUCUACGCUAAGAAGUUGCUUAAGGCUGAACUGCCUCUUUCUCUGAGAUUGAUGGGGUUGCGAAUGUCUCACUUUCACGGUGAGAAGGAUGAUUCGACCAGCCCAACACAAAGGACACUAGAUCGUUUUUUCCAUUCGUCAGAAAAUAACUCAAAUACCAAUGGAACAAAUGGUGCAAGUUCCACUGAUGCCUCAGGAGGGAAUAACUAUUGUAAUGAUGUGACAACGAAGGAUGAGUUUUCGGUACAUGAUAAUGAGAAAUUAUCUGUUCCAGAAGGUACUGUCUCAAGCAAUAUGAAGGUUACACAGAUUGAGAAGUUUGAGGAGUCGGCCAACUGCAAAGCUCCCGCUUCAUCGAGUAAACCUGAUCAGCAUUUCUGGCUUGAUGGCUAUAUAUGUUCCCUCUGUGGGUUUGAACUACCUCCGUGUUUUGAGGAGGAAAGGCAAGAACAUUCGGAUUUCCACUUGGCUGAAAUGUUGCAGAAGGAAGAUGCGGCAGACAGCCAAGGUCUCCUCUCAAAGGAGAGGUUAGCUGAGAGGCCAUGCUCCACUACACCCACACAGAAGAAGAGACUGAAGUCCUCCAAAGAAGGCAAGCAUAUACCUAUUGAUUCUUUCUUCCUCAAAUGUAACAAGAAGGUUAUUAUUUUGGUACCUACUUUGUCAUAUUAACUGGGAGAAACUUACGUAUAUGAAUUGCAGGAGAAGCUGCAGGUUGCUGUAUUCGCAUCCAAAGCCACUGUGCAGUUAGAAAAUGGUCUUUCACUCCAGAGCCAGUACGUUGUUCCUGAAGAUGUUAAAGCGGCGGGGUUUCAGAUCGAUGCCGAUGAACUGACAUCGAUUGUCGAAAGCCGUGACACUGAAAGGUUGACUGUGCAUGGCCAAUUAGAUGGAAUUGCAGACAAGCUAGCGACAUCGUUGACUGACGGGAUAAGCACGCAUGAGGACCUCUUGAAUCGGAGGCAGGAAAUAUACGGAGUAAACAAGUUCGCUGAGAGCGAGGUCCGCAGCUUGUGGGAGUUUGUGUGGGAAGCACUGCAAGAUACUACUCUUAUAAUCCUUGCUGCAUGUGCUCUUGUCUCUUUGGCUGUUGGCGUCGCCACAGAAGGUUGGCUGAAUGGCUCCCAUGAUGGCAUUGGAAUUAUUGCGAGUAUCCUCCUGGUUGUUUCUGUUACCGCCACAAGUAACUACCAGCAGUCCUUGCAGUUCAGGGACCUAGACAAAGAGAAGAGGAAAAUUCUUGUUCAGGUUACAAGGAAUGGGUUCAGACAAAGGAUAUUAAUAGAUGAUCUUCUUCCGGGCGAUGUCGUCCAUCUGUCGGUUGGAGAUCAGGUUCCUGCGGAUGGUCUCUUUAUUUCUGGAUUUUCUGUGUUGGUCGAUGAGUCCAGCCUAACCGGAGAGAGUGAGCCUGUUGAUGUAAACGAAGACAAGCCUUUUCUUGUAUCAGGGACCAAGGUCCUAGACGGGUCUGGUCAAAUGCUGGUUACAGCAGUUGGGAUGCGGACACAGUGGGGCAAACUAAUGGCUGCUCUUACUGAAGGUGGGAAUGAUGAAACUCCACUGCAGGUUAAACUUGGUGGAGUUGCAAAUAUUAUUGGGAAAGUUGGUCUAUUUUUUGCUGUCUUAACUUUCAUUGUCCUCUCCCAAGAGUUAAUUGGCCAAAAAUAUCACGAUGGGCUUCUUUUAAGCUGGUCAGGAGAUGACGCGCUAGAGAUACUGAAUCAUUUUGCGGUUGCAGUUACAAUCGUUGUCGUUGCUGUGCCUGAGGGGUUGCCGUUGGCAGUCACACUGAGCCUUGCGUAUGCAAUGGAGAAAAUGAUGAAUGACAAGGCACUGGUUCGGCAGUUGGCUGCGUGUGAAACUAUGGGAUCAGCCACUGUCAUUUGCAGUGAUAAGACAGGAACACUAACAUCCAACCGUAUGACUGUUGUUAAGGCCUGCAUCUGUGGGAACACCAUGGAAGUUAACGACCCACUGAGUACUUCAGAACUCCCACAAGUUGCGGUAGAAACUCUUCUAGAGUCCAUAUUUAAUAACACUAGUGGUGAUGUGGUAAUUAACCAAGAUGGGAAGCAAGAUAUAAUUGGUACCCCCACUGAGGCAGCUUUGCUGGAGUUUGCACUGUCCCUAGGUGGAAACUAUAAACAAAAACGGCAGGAAACUAAGAUCAUCAAAGUGGAGCCUUUUAGUUCAGCAAAAAAGAGGAUGAGCGUUAUUCUCGAGCUUCCUGGAGAACGAUACCAUGCACAUUGUAAGGGUGCUUCAGAAAUAGUACUGGCCGCCUGUGAUAGGUUCAUAGAUGACAGAGGUACUAUUGUUCCCCUUGAUAGGGAAACUGCGAACAAGUUCAGUGAUAUCAUUGAAAGCUUUUCCAGUGAAGCACUUCGGACACUCUGCCUUGCUUAUAGGGUAUUGGAAGAUGGCGCUACGCACGAAGAAAUACCGCCACAAGGAUACACAUUCAUUGGCAUUGUUGGUAUUAAAGAUCCUGUGCGCCCCGGUGUCAGGGAGUCUGUGGCAAGUUGCCGGUCUGCUGGCAUUGCGGUAAAAAUGGUUACAGGAGACAAUAUUAAUACAGCUAAGGCGAUUGCUCGUGAAUGUGGUAUACUUACUGAUGACGGUCUUGCUAUUGAGGGUGCUGAGUUUAGAGAGAAAAGCCCCAAAGAACUCCUUGAGCUGAUUCCAAAAAUGCAGGUACUUGCCCGAUCAUCCCCACUUGACAAGCAUACACUUGUGAAACACUUGCGCACAACGUUCAACGAAGUUGUUGCUGUGACUGGUGAUGGCACUAAUGAUGCACCUGCACUGCGUGAGGCAGAUAUUGGACUUGCCAUGGGCAUUGCUGGGACUGAGGUGGCUAAAGAGAGUGCUGAUGUCAUAAUUCUUGAUGACAACUUCUCCACGAUUGUCACUGUCGCGAAAUGGGGACGCUCUGUUUACAUCAACAUCCAAAAGUUUGUGCAGUUCCAGCUGACCGUUAACAUUGUUGCAUUACUAGUUAACUUCUCCUCCGCAUGCUUUACAGGUGAUGCACCACUGACAGCCGUUCAACUUCUUUGGGUUAACAUGAUCAUGGACACCCUAGGUGCGCUAGCACUUGCCACUGAACCACCUAAUGAUAACUUGAUGGAGAAAGCACCUGUAGGAAGGACAGGAAAAUUCAUCACAAACGUGAUGUGGAGGAAUAUUCUGGGGCAAUCGUUGUACCAAUUCACGGUCCUCUGGUAUCUGCAAUCUCAAGGGAGAUUUGUGUUUGGGCUUGAAGGCUCUGAGUCUGAUACUGUCCUAAAUACGAUUAUAUUCAACACUUUCGUCUUCUGCCAGGUAUUCAAUGAGGUCAGCUCGAGAGAGAUGGAGGAGAUCAAUGUUCUGAAGGGCUUGUCAGAGAACUCCAUUUUCGUGGGCGUUCUCACUGGCACUGUCAUCUUCCAGUUCAUCCUGGUCCAGUUCCUGGGCGACUUUGCUAACACCACACCACUGACCCAGCUCCAGUGGCUCAUCUGCGUCCUCUUUGGCUUCCUUGGUAUGCCCGUUGCUGCUGCAAUCAAGCUGAUUUCCGUAGAACCCCACUCAGAAGACGACGGGUAUGGAAAGUCGUAAGCUACGCAAUAAUCUCUGCAAUUUAUGUAUCAUGGAAGCUGGUGCUGACCCAAGAAUCCAGGAUUGGCACCAUAAAGUGAAGAAACAUCCAGUUCAAUGCACUUCUGCUUGCCUCAGAUCAGCCAUGCAGUGAAGAUUAACCGGCUGUAGAACUACUAAGCUGUAAAGUGUGCAGCACAAAAAAGUUCAUACAAAUAUGAUACACUAACUUUGUGUUAUGAGCUUCAA